GCUACAGCUUCAUGAUCAUCAUAUAAUGCCGUCUAGAUCAGUACCAUCCUCGUCCUCUCCACCUCCAACCUCCUCUGGAAUGUCGUUGGAUCCCGCUCUACUCACCAACACUCGACAACGUAGUCAAUCAGCAAGUUCCCAUUCACGUGACUAUCAUCAUCACCAACAACACGCGCCUUCAAUGACUAUUACCGAGAAAUACGAGUUCUGGGCUGGCAACCCUAGCGUUCACAUGAGCACGGGGUUGAUCUACGUCCACGACUUUGACUUUAAUACUAAGACGGGGCGGUCCUCAUCGUCGUCGUCAUCAUCAUCAUCUACUGCUGCUGCUGGUGGUGGUGUGUCGGUGGACUAUGACGGCUUCGAACCAACUGUCUUAUUGUGCCCGUCAGUGCCAAAGGACACUCCUCCUACAGAGGUCGUGGCAAUAUGGGAGUCCUAUCAGGCUGGAGUUGAGCAGUAUAAGGUCCUGCAUGGGCCCUACCCUGAGUCUUAUCUACUCCUAGUCCUAGUAGGAGGGUCAGAUUCCCACGCCAACGCCAGGCAGCUUGUCGGAGGAGCCAGUAGUUCCCUGCCCUUGCUGGAGGUCACUGGUUGCCGUAUUGAUGGCGCCAUCUCGAAAUCCGUAGAUGACGUCUUAGCACCGGUACAGCUCUUCGCGCCAGUUCUCACCAAAGACCAUCAAUGCAGUAUAUGUCUCGAUCCACUAUUGUACUCUCCCAGUGCGACUUCGACUGGCGGGCAGGCAUCCUGUGGAGGCGGUGGAGUUGCAUUGACGAUAUUAUGCGGUCACAGUUUCCAUUGGAAGUGCCUCUCGAAAUGGUGUGACAGGUCAUGUCCAGUAUGUCGCUUCCAGCAAUACCCGUCACGAUGUAGUAGCUGUGACGUGUGUGGGGAGGCGGAUGCGAUGAAGUUGAUGGUUUGUCUAGUCUGUGGCUUUAUAGGCUGUUGUGACACUCAAGGGUAUCCAAGCUUAAUCGAGGAAACCUUCUUGGCGGAUGACCGCCACCACUAUACUCAUGCAUAUGCCCACUUCCUGGAGUCUGAUCACGCCUUUGCCAUGCAGGUCUCCACUCAGUCGGUGUUUGAUUUCUCUGAAGGCGGCUACGUUGGGCUCACAGGCAGGGCCUCUCAAGAUGGCUGUGCCGACGGUGAGGGCAGCGAUGAUAGCAAAGAUUCGUGUAAGAAGGUCAAACAUGUUGCGAAGAAAAUACUGCAAGGAGACGAGGAAAAUAUCAUGUCCGAGUUCAACGAGGUGUAUGCUACCCUGCAGGAGUCGCAGCAGCAACAUUACGAGGAAAUAUUUGAGGAAAUUCGCGCACGAAAUAGAGAGAGCUACUCCAAUGCCACUGGUCAACGUGAUGAAGUACUGUCGAGACUCUGCGAUGCUAAGGAUGAGCUCGAUAGUGUUGAGGAAGACAAAGCUCAGCUUAGGUCAGAGGAAGAGGAUAUCAAGGCUUCAUUGGAACGGUUACGUGUUGAUUGCAGCGAUUUGGACGACAAAAGACGACAACUUCGUGAAGAAGUGGCUCGGCUGAAGAAAGAUCUGCAACGGCGACAAAUAGCUUCGACGGUUCGGACGAAGAAGCUCCACGAUGAGAAGGCCGACCUUCGAGAGCAAAUCAAUGAUUUAAAGCAGUACUUAAGCAUGCGAGCCCAAGUCCAGAAAUCGGGCGCUACUGAUGCCGACGUACAGGGCAGUUUCGUCAUAGCGCAGAAUGCUGGAAAUCGGCGUGCUCGACGUGGCCGACGUUGA